UGAAGCGUCAUCAACAACAUCGCGUCACAUGAACAAGAUCACUGAUCCUGAAUUCAAUUACGGCAUAUCAUUCCCGAACGAUUACGCAACGCCCACUGCGAGAAAAUGGCUACAUUUACUACGGAAGCGACGCGUGCUUCUCUUCCAGGCCAUUGAAGACCCCUUUACUGCUGGAAGUUACAGUCAUCAUUAUGGCUUGUUGCCGGCUCAUCUGACCACCCUUAGUUAGCUGAGCUAGUUUGUUGUCUAUCAAUAUUCACUUCUAGUACUAGGAUAAGACCCCUUUACUGCUGGAGUAAACUUGUCGUCCUAAUAAGGUGAUAUAGAAAUAACAUAUGAGCUAGAAGAGUCAUCUUGAUAUUAUCGCAAUGACAUCAGGGCGCAGCUGAUGACCCAGCCCGCUUUGUACAGUGAGUUGAUAGUUCCUUUGAUAGUCUUACAAUUACUUCGUACGGUGCAGUUGCUGUGAAGCUUAGUGCACGUGUACUGCCAUCGCAACCUAACCUUUGGGCACGAUUUCAAGGGGAACAGACACAUGAUGCCAAAGGCUCGGUGUAGUAAAAGAUGAAUUUAUCCAUAUCGGUAAGGAUGUCUAACAUCAAAUCGUGAUUGAUUACUACGGACGCAUCCUGUUUCGGCAUUGUUCUGCCUUUGUGAGUGGGCACGAAAUGAUGGCUGCUUUCCACGACGAACACUGCAUGUUAUGGCUCAAGAAUAUGCAAUCCAACAAAUUCAUUUCUAGUACACCUAUUUCAAUUUCAUGGUCAAGCAGUCCCUCCUCGCUUUAUUUUCCUUCACCGUUAGGCUUAGGAGGGGAGAAAAUGCAGGCAUCGAGAAAUGAAGUGCCUGAAGAAGCAGCUCUAAGCAUGCAUAGUCUGCGACGCUAUCCUAGACAGCUGUUCGGAUCUUCUAUGGGCCGCCGACGAUUUGCCCAGAGUGAUACUGACACCUAUUUGAGGAUUCCAGAGGUAAAACGGCCUAUCGUAGAGACCAAAG